ACAAGCUUUACAGAAACAAAACAAGCGUUUCACAUUUCCGUCUUGUGCUACCGGUCACAUUUAUUGUCGUCGCAGUUCUAAAAUGGCUUCAAAUGUUGUCGAUGACAUGUUUGAUGGCAUCAGGAAGAGCAAAGCCCAUGCCACUGUAUUUUUUACCAGGCUCGUCGAUAGGAAGAGUCUCAGUGCGGGGAAAAGGCUCAUGAAACAGAAGGAUUUAUCAGGAGAGAUAGAUCAAACGGUGCCAAACAAAGCCGAAAGAGCCAAUUUUUUGGAGGGGAAACUGGGAAAGAUUCUGAGUUCCACUCAAGAGGCUGUAGUUGUGCGGCCUAAUGUUGCUUUUGCAUAUCGAAGCAACCCGGGAAGUUGGGUCUACUUCAAAGUUAAUGCCCAAACCUUUUCUGUUGAGGGAAUCACCGCGAAAGAAUAUCUAACUUUCAAAGAAAUGGUGUUUGAUGAAAACUGGGCCAAGGAUGAAAAUGCUCUAGAAGUUGAUUUCAGGGCAUUCGACUACCCUGAUCACCCGUUAGCACUUUCUGGUUCCAUUGGAAAGGGACUCGAGUUCAUCUCGAAAAUAAUGGGUUCCAAAUUUGGUGCAACUCUCGAGGGUGCAAAGCCUUUGCAUGACUACCUUCUGGCGCUCAACCAUCGCGGAGAGAAGCUUAUGAUCAAUGACACUCUUAACACAGUCGCGUCGCUUCAAAACGCAUUGAUUGUGGCCCAACGUUAUGUAACUGCUCAUCCAAAACACGCGCCUUACCGGAAUUUUGCGCAAAAGCUGAGAGAUUUGGGAUUUGAGAAAGGAUGGGGCGAGAAUGCAGAGAGAGUCCGGGAGACGAUGAGACUACUUUCUGAAGUUCUCCAAGCACCGGACCCCACAAGCACCGAAUCAUUCUUCAGCAGGCUGCCUGCCGUGUUCAACAUUGUGAUCUUGUCCAUUCAUGGCUACUUUGGCCAAGCCGACGUUCUUGGUUUGCCUGAUACUGGAGGCCAGGUGGUUUACAUUCUUGAUCAAGUAAGGGCUUUAGAGAAGGAAAUGGUGCUAAGAAUUAAGCAACAAGGAUUGAACAUUAAGCCUCAGAUUCUUGUGGUGACACGGCUUAUACCAGAUGCGCAAGGGACAGAUUGCAAUAAAGAGAUGGAACCUAUAUCUGACACAGAGUGUUCUCGCAUUCUUCGUGUCCCUUUUAAAACAGAAAGAGGGGUUUUGCAACAUUGGGUUUCCAGAUUUGAUAUUUAUCCUUACUUGGAGAGGUUUUGUGAGGAUGCCACUGCCAAGAUUCUUGAGAGCAUGGGAGGUAAACCAGACCUCAUUAUUGGAAACUACACUGAUGGAAACUUGGUCGCGUCCCUCAUGUCCCGCAAACUUGGAGUAACACAGGCAACAAUUGCUCAUGCCUUGGAGAAAACCAAAUAUGAAGACUCUGAUGCCAAGUGGAAAACCUUUGAUCAAAAGUACCACUUUUCGUCCCAAUUCACAGCAGACUUGAUCGCGAUGAACUCGGCCGAUUUCAUCAUAGCCAGCACGUAUCAAGAAAUCGCGGGAAGCAAAACCAAACCUGGACAAUAUGAGAGCCAUGAGGCCUUUACCAUGCCAGGGCUAUGCAGAGUUGUUUCUGGCAUAAACGUGUUUGACCCCAAGUUUAACAUUGUGGCGCCCGGGGCUGACCAGUCCGUCUACUUCUCCUACGCGGAGAAGGAUAAGUGUUUCGCCUCAUUUCGCCCCGCCAUUGGGGCGUUGCUUUUCAACAAUGAGGACACCAAUGAGCACAUUGGUUUCCUGGCGGACAAGACCAAACCAAUAAUCUUCUCAAUGGCAAGGCUAGACACUGUGAAGAAUCUCACGGGACUGACCGAAUGGUACGGGAAGAACACGGCACUAAGAAGCUUAGCGAACCUUGUGAUCGUCGGGGCGUUCUUCGACCCAUCAAACUCAAAAGACCGAGAAGAAGCCGGUGAAAUCAAGAAGAUGCACGGUUUGAUAGACAAGUACAAGCUGGAGGGACAGAUGAGAUGGAUAGCAGCCCAAACGGACAGGAAGCGAAACGGGGAGCUGUACCGGAUGAUUGCAGAGACAAAGGGGGCUUUCGUGCAGCCCGCUUUGUAUGAGGCCUUCGGGCUCACGGUGAUUGAGGCAAUGAACUGUGGGCUCCCCACAUUCGCCACGAACCAAGGUGGGCCCGCGGAGAUCAUUGUCGAUGGAGUCUCCGGCUUUCACAUCGACCCAUACAACGGGGACGAGUCCAGCAAGAAGAUCCUCGACUUCUUCGAGAAAUGCAAGUCCGAUGUGGGAUAUUGGGACAAGAUUUCAAACGCGGCUUUGCAUCGCAUAAACGAAUGUUUUACUUGGAAGAUUUACGCGGAGAAAGUGUUGAACAUGGGAUCGGCGUACGGAUGCUGGAGGGCGAUGCACUCCAAGCAAAAACACGCUAAGCUACGUUACAUUGAGCUAUUCUACAAUCUGCACAUGAGGAACUUGGCCAAGAAAGUGGCGGCGGAAGUCACGCAACCAGCGGCGCAGGCCGAGAAAACUCCGGCGAGGGAACAUACUGCAGAAGUUGUGCCGAAAGACGGCGGGGCUGCCGGAGCUAAGGGAGAAGAAGUGGGCACCUUCACAACAACACCACCAUCUGCUGCCUGCAACUGGCUGUGCCUAUGCAUCUCUGCUUCUAUCAUUGUCUAUACCUUGCUUAAAAUGUAUGGCUCCAAGACCCAACCAAAAUGAAUAAUUAAUGUACUGCCAUUCCAUUUAUUUAUUCUAAUUCAUGAUGUAAUUUGUACAUGCUUUCCAUAAUAAUAAUACGGAGUAAUUAUU